CUGACGUUAUUUAUUUUCCCAAGCCACACUCGAUUUUUAUCUUAUUUAUUUUCUCAUAUAUUUACUAUUACUUUAACUAAACUCUGCAAGAAUGAAUUUAUUCUUGAAAUGGAUUUGGGUGAAUAAGAACUAUCUGAUCAUGUUCCUCACUCCGCUUUUGCUCUUACCGCUGCCAGUUGUCAUUCCUUCUAAGGAGGCAGGUUGUGCAUUUGUCAUUGGCUUGAUGGCAAUCUUCUGGUGCACUGAGGCUCUACCACUGGCUAUCACUGCACUGAUACCAGCAGUGCUCUUCCCAAUGAUGAAGAUCAUGGAUUCUGAUGCGGUGUGCAACCAGUACCUAAAGGACUCCAACAUGCUGUUUGUGGGAGGUUUGCUCAUUGCACUUGCUGUUGAGCAAUGGAACCUGCAUAAGCGCAUUGCCCUCCGAGUCCUUCUCAUCGUUGGAGUCAAGCCAGCUCUGCUGAUGAUGGGAUUUAUGGGAACCACAGCCUUCCUGUCUAUGUGGAUCAGCAACACAGCCACUACCGCUAUGAUGGUGCCCAUUGCUCAAGCAGUGCUGGAGCAGCUGAGUAACAGCGAGGCUGAGGCACAGGCCGAUUGUGAAGGUGCCCAUCAGAACCCAGGAUAUGAGCCCGAGACAAUGACAGAGAAACCAAAACUGGAGUUGACAGACAAUGGCAGCAAUGGUCACAUCUUCCAAGUGGAAGAGGGAACAGGACCUGUAACCAACAGUUCAUCAGCUCUGAGGAAUAAGUACACCGAGCUGUCUAAGGGGAUGAGUCUCUGUGUGUGCUACGCAGCCAGCAUAGGGGGAACGGCAACGCUGACAGGGAGCACUACCAAUCUCAUUCUAAAGGGACAAGUAGAUGAUCUCUUUAAAAAUAACAAUGAUGUGGUCAACUUUGCUACCUGGUUUGCCUUUUCCUUUCCCAACAUGAUUCUCAUGCUGUUUCUAGCCUGGUUCUGGCUACAGUGGAUGUACAUGGGCUUCAAUUUCAAGGAGACAUUUGGCUGUGGAAAGGAACGCACAGAAAGGGACAGGAAGGCCUACAAUGUGAUUAAGGAGGAGCACAAUAAGUUGGGCAGGAUGACAUUUGCUGAGAUAGGCGUUCUUAUUAUCUUUAUUGUGCUGGUCCUGCUCUGGUUCACUCGGGAUCCUGGCUUCAUGAAGGGCUGGGCCACAGAUCUCUUCAAGGUAGAAAACAAACAGUAUGUCACAGAUGGGACUGUUGCCAUCUUCAUGGGCAUGGUCCUGUUUUUUGUGCCAUCUGAACUUCCACGUUUCGUCUGCUGUGAAAGAGAUCAGAGCCAGAGGGAAACUUUCAAGGCUCCAAAGGCCUUAAUGACUUGGGAUGUCGUUCAUGAAAAGAUGCCCUGGAAUAUUGUCCUGCUUCUAGGAGGUGGCUUUGCUCUGGCAAAAGGAAGUGAGGAAUCUGGCUUAUCUGGAUGGCUGGGUCAGAAGCUAACACCUUUACAGGAAAUCCCAGCCCCGGCCACUGCUCUUAUCAUCUGCCUACUUGUGGCCUUAUUUACGGAGUGCUCCAGCAAUGUCGCCACCACCACACUCUUCUUGCCUAUCCUGGCAUCAAUGGCCCAAGCCAUUAACCUCAAUCCUUUGUACGUCAUGCUCCCGUGCACACUCUGUGCAUCCAUGGCUUUCAUGCUUCCCGUGGCUACACCUCCAAAUGCAAUUGCCUUCUCCUAUAAAAACCUUAAAGUCAUUGAUAUGGUAAAGGCUGGAUCUAUGUUGAAUAUCAUUGGCGUGUUAUGUAUUAACUUGGCACUCAACACAUGGGGCAUGGCUUUGUUCCACUUGGACACAUUUCCAGAAUGGGCAAAAAUCAACUCCACAUCUCCAAACCCCUAACAACAGACCUCUACAACAUGGCAGACACAAAUGAAGGAAAAACCAAUGGAAGUCCACAUUUUAGCACUAUGUCCAAAGGUUUCUCUAAUCUCAGUGUACUGGGGCAGAGGCAUGCCUCCUUUAAAUCUGAGAAGAGAUGGUUUGAGAGUUUCAUGUAGAACUGAACAUUCAAAAUCAGUUGGAGCAGCUCACACCAAACUAUUUCUAUACAGAGGUAUAGAGCUGCCAUGCAUAUGUCAUGGUGUUUAGUCUCAAAAAUGUCAUCUUUCUUUUUAUAUACAUUUUAAAUGUAUUUUUAGUUUGGCUAAGCACAACCAAUGAACACCUUUUAUGUACUUUUUAAUGGCACUAAUAAUAUAUUUUGUACAUAUCGAAUCUGGGCCCGCAGAACUGGAAAGCACUGCUAGUCCUGGCGAAAGCACAGAAUGAGAAGUGCCAGUGGGAAGCAUUGCUGAGUGUAAUGGAUUUCAUUGAUGCCUUUAGCCAUUUAACAUCAUUAUGAAAUGGUUCAUUCACUGUCAGAUUUGUGUAAUUCUGUAAGAGGUCUUACCAUUACUGCUUAUACAACCACAGUUUUUGAGAACAGUAGCAGUGACAAUCUCAGUCCCCCGUCCUUUUAGUCAGACUUGAAUCCACAAGGUGCAUUCGAUUGUAGAAGGGUAUUUCCUUAUUAAGGCAGGUCAUUGAGGCUCAUAGUUAUCCUUAACUCUUUAAAUAUGCUGGACGUCGCUCUUGAAUAUUUGAACGCCACAAUGUUUGCAAAUAUCCUGACAAAACAGUUGCAACAUAGUAAAACUCUAAAGUGAAAGCCUCCAGUCACUAAAUUUAGGUGUGAAUAGAAUAGUUCAAACUAAAAACUUGAAGUCAUUGUCCACUUCUUGAGUGGAUGCAGUUUUCUACUUUCUUUUCAGAGUUAAUGAAUAUAAAUGCAUGAGAUUUAGAGUCUUAGUAGCUUAGACGUGAAAGUCUUAAAUAUUUUAAAAUGGAAGGUUUUUAAAUUAAUGUAACACAAUAAUCCCUGACAAACAGGUAAUGGGAGCUCAAACCUGUGAUAAAGAAUUAUUGAUUUCCACUUUUUCACAGCCAUAAUAUUUCAGAGUCUUAAUUAUAUGACAGUAAAAUAAUGACAAACUCGGCUUUUGUUGUUUGAGUGAAUGUCUUAGUCAAGUAGUGAUUUGUUCAAAUGGAUAUCGGUGUAAAGCUCUCUCUUCCUAUUGCUUUUGUAUUACAAUUCCUAGCCUGUUGGAGACCACACUUAUAGUGUGACUGCGAGUAGACAAACAGGAAUGAAGUGAGCAGAGCACAUCCAUUCUUGAACUUGAACAGAAGAAAAUACACCCAUUAGGUUUAAGUAUAGAAGUGAAAUGGAAUAAAUAAUAAUUCAUUACAUUUAUAUAGCGCUUUUCUCAAUACUCAAAGCACUAUCCACACAGGGAGGAACCGGGAAGCGAACCCACAAUCUUCCACAGUCUCCUUACUGCAAAGCAGCAGCACUACCACUGCGCCACCUGUGAGGACAUAAACUAUAUGAUGAAAUUCAAUAACAAUUCAACUAUCCAGCUUUUCAUCUUUUUAACUAGUUGUCCCACCCUACCUCGCUUUCAUUAUCUUCUACAAUGCUACAUAAAUUCUAUUUACAGGAAGAUGUAUGUGUGUUGGCCUUUUUGUAACACUGGCUUUGAAAACGUUUUAUUAGUCCUUCUGCACUUUAGGAGAAAUAUGAGAGUGGGCAUUUUAGGGGCAUGUAUAUUUUUAUUGGCUUAAAAGUAUAAUUUAUGAAUCAGUAAGCGAGGUACAGGUCAAUGCUAAGUGCUGUAUUGGUGAAUCUUAAUAAUAUUUAUAGAGUAAUCUGUAAAAUCCAUUUAAUAAGGUAAGUAUAAUUGAGAGCUUAGGUUGGAUUAAGUGAUGUGCAUGCAGGACUGGUCCUAGACCUUCACAUCUUUACAGCUGCAAAGUGGGCACAGUUUUAUAACCAAAAAUGAUGUCUUCUGCUAAAAGCUGUCUGUCUAAUGCUGCCUACUGAAACAAGAGAAAAAAAAACAGUGAAAUGCCUGAGUAAAGUCAAAAGAAAUGGGUUGUGCUAAAACACAAAUAACAAACAAAGUCAUUUUAACUUUAGAUGUACAAUAUUUGUUCCUUCAGAAAGAAACAAAACAUGUAAUGGACCCCACAAUAUGAACUUCUCAUCUGUAUUUAAUAGUAAAUACUCUACUGUACAUAUUUAACUUAUUGGAAAAUGCUGGAAUAAAACAGUGCUGUAAAUUUAA